AUGUCAAUUAGACAACCCACAGCUGCUGGAAUGAGGGGAAGAGACACAAGAUCAACGUUUAGUGGGUCUACUGACGUUUCUUCAUUCUCUACUGUUGGUGAAAAUAAAAUUGAUGAACAGACAUAUAAUGCUGAUCCACGAUUUUCUACUACAUUUGAAUUACCUGACACACCUGAGUAUAUUACUUGGACAACAGAAACUGGGUGUGACUUAAAAAUUAUUCAAAUGGCAACACUCGAAAAGUGUAUUCAAACAAUGAUGUCAAAAGAUUUUAAUGACCCUUAUUUUCAAGAGUGUUUUGUUUUAGCUUAUAGGUUAGUUACAACACCUGAAAAAUUAUUAGAAUUACUUAGCAUUUUAUUUGACCCUUCAAUACCUGAUGGAAUGGAAUGGGAUGUUUUUGUUAAAGAUGUUAUAUCACCACUUAGAUUAAAAAUAAUGAAUUUUGUUCGUACUUGGAUGAAAAAUGCAUGGAAAGAUUUUGAAGCAAAAGAAGAGUUAAUUGAUAAACUUCAACAGUUACUAGAUCGAUUUAAUCAAUUUAAUCCAAAAAUGAGUAAAAUCUUACAAAAACAAUUAGAACUUCAUAUCGCCCAUGUAGAAAAUAAAAGAGAUGAAUUAGAUUCACCAAUGAUUAAAAUUAACGAAUUAGAAAAAAACCCAAAAUAUGUUAAUGUUCUUCAAUUUCAUCCACAUGAAUUUGCACGACAAAUUACUUUAAUGCAAAAUGAUCUUUUUAGAAAAGUUCCUUAUUUCGAAUUACUUGGAAAUGGGUGGAUGAAAAAAGAUAAGGAUACAUUAACUCCAAAUCUCAUUCGAUUAGUACGUUCAAGUAAACGAUUAUUUAGUUUUGUUCAAACUUCUAUUCUUGUAGAAAAACGAGUUGCAUAUAGAGCUUUGUUUAUUCAUUAUUUCCUUCAAGUAGCAGAAGAAAUGAAAAAAUUAAAUAACUUUGAAGGGAUGAAAGCUGUAUUUAGUGCAUUAGAAUCAACUCCAAUUUAUCGGCUUAAAGAUACAUGGGACUCUUUAUUACCAGAAGAUAAAGAAAUUGAAGAAAUGUUAAGUGAAUUAUGUGACCAAGAAAAGAAUUUCAGUAAAUUAAGAGAGGUUAUGAAAAUUGCAGUUCCACCUUGUUUACCAUUUAUUGGAUCUACAAUGGGCGAUUUAGUAUUCACUGAUGAUGGUAAUAAACAAGGAGAUAAAACACUAAUCAAUUGGUUUAAAAUACGUGGAAUUGGUAAUUUAAUUAAAGAACUCAUGGUUAAACAAGCUGUUCCUUAUCCUAUUCAACAUUACGAUGCAUUGAUGAAAUAUUAUGAAACUGCACCUGUACUCGAAAGUGAAGAUGAGUUGUAUGAUCUUUCAGUAAAUUUAGAAGAAAAAAGAGGUGAAAUGAAUAGUGAAUUAGAAAAGAAAAUAGCUAAAUUAAAGAAAGAAGGAAAUGCAAGAAUAAAGAAAUACAUCAAAUAUAUUUCAAAAUAA